CUGAAAUUAACAUCCAACCUAGAGGAAAACUGGAAAACAAAUCUUGUUUAUCCAGUUUUUCAAUUUGCCGGUCCAAGAAGUUACCCGGACCCCACUGGUUCGAUUCCAAAUUAUUACAAGGAAGGAUUUCUUGGGCUCCAAUAUGCUGUAACCGCUUCACUCAUCCUUGCAAGUAAUAAUUUCACAUUCGACAACUUCAAUGACCCGAAUCUAACGUCAUGGGCACUUGAAAAUCGUGUUCCCGAUAUCAACAUGAGACGUUUUCCAUAUGCAGCAUGGUCUGAAGAUCCUUUGCUCGUAGUACUGAAGGCAGUUCUUGGAUUAAUUAUCAUGAUAAGUUUUGUGUAUACCGCCAUAAACAACAUCAGAGCUAUAACUACCGAAAAAGAAAAACAGCUAAAGGAAGCGAUGAAAAUUAUGGGUCUACCGAACUGGCUGCAUUGGUUGGCGUGGUUCACGAAGAAUUUUAUUUUUCUUCUCAUAUCUGCUAUUAUAAUGGUAGUUCUGCUGAAAGUCAAUUGGUACAAAAAUUCAGAUUCGACUGUGUUUACUCAUGCUGAUCCCACAGUGAUCUUGGUAUUCCUCCUUUUUUAUAUCGUUUCAACCAUAACAUUCUGUUUCAUGGUCAGCGUAUUUUUCUCGAAAGCCAAUACUGCUGCCACAAUAGCUUCUAUAGCUUGGUUUUUGUCCUACGCGCCCUUCACAUUUAUGCAGAGAAAUUAUGAAAAUGUUUCCGCUACCACUAAAAUAUCAUCCAGUUUGGCUCACAAUACCGCAAUGGCUUUUGGUUUUCAAGUUAUUAUUAUGUAUGAAGGAACUCAAGAAGGAGUUCAGUGGAACAAUAUUUUCAAACCAAACACUCCUGAUGACUCUCUAUCACUUGGAUUGAUAAUGGUAAUGAUGGCUCUAGAUUCUGUAAUAUACAUGCUCGUGACGAUAUAUGUAGAAGCAGUUAAUCCCGGCGAGUAUGGAGUCGCCUUACCUUGGUAUUUUCCUUUCACCGCUUCGUAUUGGUGUGGACAGAGGCAUAUCGGUGUGGAGGACACUAAUGAUGGAUAUUCAAGUAAUGAAGGCGAAUUUUUUGAGGAUGAUCCAAGGAAUCUCAAACCUGGUAUUCAGAUAAAAAAUCUUUGUAAAGUUUUUGGCAAUAAAACGGUCGUUAGAAACUUUUCACUUAACAUGUAUGAGGAUCAAAUCACUGUUCUGCUUGGUCAUAACGGAGCAGGAAAAACCACAACAAUGUCAAUGUUAACAGGAAUGAUAACCCCUACAAGUGGUAGUGGAAGAAUCAACGGCUGUGACCUUAGAACUAAUAUGGAUGGAGUGAGAAGUAGCCUCGGACUUUGUCCUCAACACAAUAUCAUUUUUGAUGAUUUAACAGUAUCAGAACACAUCUACUUCUUCAGUAAACUAAAAGGACUAUCAGGAAAACAAGUCGAACAAGACAUUGAUAAGUACAUCAACCUUCUAGAACUGGAACCAAAGAGGAACCAAAAAUCCUCGUCAUUAUCUGGAGGCAUGAAGAGAAAAUUAUGCGUGGCUAUGGCACUUUGUGGUAAUUCUAAAGUGAUAAUGUUGGACGAACCUACUGCUGGUAUGGAUCCUUCUGCCAGAAGAGCUUUAUGGAACUUAUUGCAGAGUCAAAAGGAGGGACGAACAAUGCUCCUCACCACACAUUUCAUGGACGAAGCUGACCUUCUUGGAGACAGAAUUGCCAUAAUGGCGGGUGGUGAGUUGCAAUGUUGUGGUUCAAGUUUUUUCCUCAAGAAGAAGUAUGGCGCUGGAUAUAGUCUCAUAAUGGACAAGACAAAAGACUGUGACGCCGGACAGGUGACGCGUCUAUUGAGGAAGUACAUCCCAGAUAUAGAAAUUCAUAGUAAUGUAGGAUCUGAACUAACAUAUCUUUUAGAAGAUAGCCACGCAGCGAUUUUCGAGCCUCUACUGCAAGAAGUGGAACAUGAAUCGAAAAGGCUUGGAAUUCGAGGAUAUGGAAUUUCUCUAACAACGCUCGAAGAAGUUUUCUUGAAAGUUGGAGCUGAUCAUGGACAAGAAGAAAUAAAUAAUGGUUUGUUACCUGAAAAAGAAGAAAAUAAUAGACAGCAACGCAACAACAAUAAAGUCAAAGCUUCCAUGUCACCGUAUUAUACCAGUGGUUCCGGCCUAGUCAUGAAUCAGUUUCGAGCGAUGUUUAUGAAAAAAAUUGUAACAACCAUCCGUUCUUGGAUUAUGCUCUGUAUACAGUUGGUCUUGCCUUCCAUAUUUCUUAUGAUUGCGCUUAUUGUGGCAAGAAAUAAACAAGUAUCAGAAAACUUACCACCUAUGGUAAUGAAUCUUGAUAAAUUCGAAAAUUCCAUAACGAAAAUUCAUAAUAUUGGAAAAAUUGAUUACUGUGGCAACUACACUGAUGUCUUGGGAAAGUAUGGAUACAGUUACCAGAAUGAAACAGAUAUUAUAGCUAGCAUGUUAGACUUGACACGAACAAAUCCUAAUCUGGCACGUAGACGUUACAUUGUUGGAGCAUCUUUUGAUGAGAGAAGCGUUCCAAAUAUCACAGCCUGGUUCAACAAUGAUCCUUAUCACAGUCCUGGUAUAUCAUUAGGUUUAGUAUUGGAUAGCGUUUAUCAAAAACUAUUCAAUGGAUGUAAUAAUGAAUGCAGCCUUGAAUUCACUAAUCACCCAUUUCCUUAUACGGCUCAGACCCAAAUCAAUCAACUCUUAACUGGACAAUCCAUGGGAUUCCAAUUGGCAGUCAAUGUUGGAUUCAGUAUGACUUUUGUUUCUAGUUUUUAUGUCAUCUUUAUCGUGAAAGAGAUCAAAAGUGGCUCCAAACACUUGCAAUUCGUUUCCGGAGUUAAACCUUACGUAUUUUGGCUUACGCAAAUCUUAUCCGAUUUUUUGACAUACCUAGCAACAAUUAUCAUAUACCUAAUCACGAUGGUGUGUUUUCAAGAAGAUGGAUACAACACUGCUGGAGACAUCGGUAGAAUGUUCAUCAUAUUAGUGGUUUUUGCAUGGGCAUUCUUACCAUUCACAUACCUUGCUGGUUAUUUCUUUGAUGAACCUUCGACCGGAUACACCAGAUUGUCUUUAAUAGGAAUUUUUGCAGGUAACAUCAUCUUCCUGGUGGUGCAAGUAUUGAUGAAUCCUGGUUUGAAAUUGGAACACGUUGGUAAAGCACUUCAUUGGCUAUUUCUACUGAAUCCUCAUUACUCUCUCGCUAGUGCCAUUAGCGAAAGUUACAAUGUUUUCGCAUACAAUAACGUUUGCGAAAAAAUUUUUGAGAACUGUGCCAAAGUGAAUUUAACGAGACAAGCUUGCUUGGACGCCCCUGAUUCAACACAAAUCAAGGAUAUAUGCACAGAUAUAGACACAGAUUAUUUCAAAUGGGAGGAACAUGGAAUAGGAAGAAAUAUGCUAUACUCAUUUCUCACAGGAUUAGUAAUGUAUAUUAUACUCUACGCCGUCGAAUAUGAAGUAUUCUCGAAACUAAUUUACUUCUUAGAGAAACGAUUCUUCUCAACUCACCCCGUUGAAACAACAGAUGAGGAUGCGGAUGUAGCGGAAGAGAAAGAUAAGAUUCGAAAUGCUACAGAAGCGGAUCUCUGUUCGACUUUCCAGCUCGCCAUUCGCGAUUUGACUAAGUAUUAUAAGAAAUUCUUGGCGGUGAAUGGACUGUGUCUAGGAGUUAAGAAGUAUGAAUGUUUUGGUCUUCUUGGAAUCAACGGAGCGGGUAAAACUACCACGUUCAAGAUGAUGACUGGAGACGUGAAAAUUUCCUAUGGUGACGGCUGGGUUAACGGUAAGAGCAUCAAAUCCCAACUGAAAGAAGUUCAAAAAGCAAUAGGUUACUGCCCACAAUUCGAUGCUCUUCUAGAGGAUAUGACUGCCCAAGAGACUAUAGUGAUGUUCUCUUUAUUGAGGGGCAUCAGACUCAAAGACGCACACAAUGUAGCACAGUUCCUGUCUGAAGAGUUCGACUUUCAGAGACAUUUGAAGAAGAAGGUGAAAGAGCUGAGCGGUGGAAAUAAAAGGAAAUUGAGCACAGCUCUUUCAUUGAUAGGAGACCCUCCCGUACUCUACCUUGAUGAACCAACUACAGGAAUGGAUCCAGCU